AUGUGUUAUCAAGUCAUCCGAUUAUUUGAGUGCACUCACCAAAGCCCUUCGUUAGAUAUUCCAUGCAAGCAGCCAUCGGAAAACUGCGGUGGUAUCUUUCUGAGACAGGAGAUUGAAGAUACGAAAGAACUAUGUGAGAAAUGCCAGGGAGCUACGGAAAUGAGAGGAUCUGGGACAGAGCCGGAAGAUGAGGGUUAUUGGUCAUGACUCUGGUCCGAAGUGUGGAGAAAGGGACGCUCGAUUUGCUCAUAACGACGAAUGAUUUCUAAGGAUUGGAAACUUGGAUUAUCCUGGAAUAGUCCAACUCUCAAUAGCAAACACUACGUCACACUGGUGCACUCCCCAAAAUAACAUUGCGUCUUGGUCUUGAAGAUUCUACUUUGAUCUGGUGAAAUAUGAUGUUUUUACUUUGCUUUCUGUGUAUUCAAAAGCCUUCAUCCAAUUUCAUAAGGUAUUCUCAUCCAGCCCGAAUCUUUCUAUUGUGAACGACAGCAAAAUAUCUUGACAACGGUAUAGAGAUAUAUCUACAUCUCACCAGCUUCGAGUUACAACCUUGGGGUACACCGCAACAACGAAUCCUGCUCCAACUCUGUCCAUCAGUUAUUGAGAACCCUUUUUGCAAUAGACAGGGUUUUCUCUACGAUUUGUUGUCCAUGGAUAUCAAGGAUAUGCCCGUGCGGGAGCCGCGUCAUUGGUGUUUAGUCCGUCAAGUUGGUGGUAAUCGUCAAUUCCAAAAGUCACGAAUAAAUUCUGCUCGAGUUUUCAAGCUGUUCUAGUCUGGGAAAGCCUUGUUGCCCUGGCAUAUUUUAUCAAGAUUGAAUAUGAUGGUUUGGAGAGUUGAUCUGGUAGACGAAGAGCCGGGACACAAUGUGGUCGAAUAGUUUCAAGCAUCAACAUCCGGUACUUGCAUGUAGAGAUGAUGGGAAACGAAAAUGGAUUGAUUUGUUACGUUUUUGCUAAGAGAAAAGGAUCAUGACGUGACCAGUCAUUAGUCGGUAGACUUUCAAAAGUAUCAGACAUCACGCGAUGGGAGAACGUUUCUUGAAAAGGUG